GUUGCCAUAAAUCAUAGAACAUGUCAUGACUAAAUUCAAGUUUUUCCAAAAAUUAAAACAGGGUUACCAAACAUCAAGGAAAUGCGUGGAACAGAUAAGAAGAAUAUUGAUGGAUAGAUCUGAUCCAGCGGAAUCUCAAACUGCAGAAAAGUACAAUGGAGCCAAGAAGAAAAUCCACCGGAAAAGGAGCCACCAAAAACCGGACGUUUACAGCAGCCAAAGUGAAGAAGGUUUUAUCCCAUUGGCGGCGAGAGACUCUAAAUGGGUGGAUUUGGCUUUCUACAAUCCUAAUUUUAAGUCUCAACAAGAAGACGAAUGCGACGAAGAAGAAUUGCAAAUAAUCGACGAAGACGGUCUGAUUCAACCCAUUUUCCUUUUAUUUCCUGGUUUAGCUGAUGAAUCUAAGGAUAGUUCGAAUUUGUUAACAAACGUUUCAACAUCGGACGUCACUAAAAUGCUUGUUGGGCAAAAAGCUGAUUUUAGCCACAUGAGAAGUUCAAGAAAAUUACUUCCCCCUGAAAAUACACUUAAAUCAGUUCAAGAGAUGCCACAAGAAGAUGUCGAGUCUAUUAACCCUUUAAUAUCAUCGCCAAGUUCAAGCGGAUAUUCUGCUAUCGGUUGUAACCCAAUCACAACCAUCCAGUGUUUCAGUGUAAAACUACUUCAAAUUAAGACGAAAUCUAAAAAGAGCGAUCAUCCAGGCAGCUUCCAAAAGGCGACGACUUUAUAAACAAAUUCUUUAAAAAACAUUCCCAGAUUGUAUGGUCGUUUUAGAACCAAGUGAAUUACAAGACACUGAUGAGGAAAUACAAAGGAAAACGCACGUUAAGAAACGAAAGAAGCUAUCCGAUAUUUGUGUAAAAGAUGAUAGUGAUGAUUCAAGUUUGUUAAUAACAAGAACUGUUCGAAAAAGAUCACUCAUCAAACCCAUCAAACCUAAAACAAGAGGAAACAUUACUAUUUUGCAUGAUGACAGUGAAGUUAUACAUCCUUCUACCACUGGAAGUUUAGGAGAUGACGAAGAUGAUUAAAAAAAUGGAUUUAGUAAAUAGUAACCCCAAUAAAAAGUUAAUAAUAA